AACAUUAUCAAUGUCAACAGUUUGUAACCUAUCAUUUUAAAGUAAUUCAAUAGAUUUAAAAUCAAAUCCAUACUGAUCGACCUUGCUCAAAAGUUUUCAUGAUCGACACAAUCAAAUGCUUUAGAGAGAUCACAAAAUACUUCGAGACAUCCUAUGUGUUCUCCUACGCAUUGUAAAUUUGUAAAUCUACCGCGCCCCACUUUGUAGUACUUUUUCCGGUCUUGAAGUCUUAUUGAACUGCGGAAAAGAAUGGGUCUUAAAAUGAUCUAACAUUUGAUCGAGCAUUAUUUUUCUACCUUGCUCACUAAGUAUUAAGUAUCUACUUGUCAAAAACUAAACCACCAACGUGUCACUCGGUGUCACGGACGGUUUUUUCACCAACAGACAACAGCUAUCUACUAGUAGUACAUAGGUUCAAUCAAGUAUAUAUCGAGUUGGAAUAAUAAUCCUAUAAUCACUGUACCUACACUUUAUGUAAAAUUCUAAACUCUAUGCUAUUUACAGUAAAUUAAAAAAUAUGAGUUGAAAACAAAAAUAAAUUUGAAUUUUUUGAAAUCACUAGGUACCUAUACCUAGUGUAUACAUACCUUUAGUUAGGCCUAUGUACGUAGCUGUGGUACCUACCUAGGUAUCACUUUACAAAAUGAAAGUAACAUUUUCUAUGUUCUGGAAUAUUGUUUGUGUUCGUUCUUGUGAACGCACUGGCGGAUAGUUAAAGUUUAGUUUGUUGUGCAAUUAAAUUAGUGAAAUAUAAAAAAAACCCGCUAUUACUUACUUUUUGAUAACCAGUAAUUAUCAGUUGUUUUGUUUCUUAUCAGUAUAAUUAAGUAAUGUAAAAUAAAAGUAACAUUUUCUAUGUUGUGGAAUAUUGUUUGUGUUCGUUCUUGUGAACGCACUUGCGGAUAGUUAAAGUUUAGUUUGUUGUGCAAUUACAUUAGUGAAAUAUAUUAAAAAAACCGCUAUUACCUACUUUUUGAUAACCAGUAAUUUAUCAGUUGUUUUGUUUCUUAUCAGUAGUCCUUGGGAUACUAGAUUAUUGUUAAUCAAUCAAAAUGAGCUCUGUUGAUAGGAUAAUAGAAUAUCAGAAAGGUUGCAUUCAAAUAGUGCAGUACAACAAUCCGAAAAAGAAGAAUGCAUUUGACUUAGUUAUGUAUAACAAAGUAUCGGAAAUAUUGAGUAAAGCUGCUGAGGAUAGCAGUAUAUCUGCUGUAGUGCUUACAGGAACCGGCGAUUUCUACAGUAGUGGCAAUGAUCUAUCGAACAUUGUGAAUGGUGACAUGAUGGACUUGAUGAAUGCUUUAAGAAAAUUCAUAAGAGCUUUCAUACUGUUUCCUAAAACUCUAAUUGCUAUUGUUAAUGGUCCUGCAAUUGGUAUUGCUGCCACAACCCUUGCUUUGUGUGAUCUAGUUUUUGCAUCAGUAAAUUCCUACUUUUAUACACCAUUUGUACAAUUAGGAGUUGUGCCGGAGGGUUGUUCCUCUGUGACAUUUCCAAGAUUAUUGGGAGAUAGAAAGGCAUUAGAAAUGUUACUGUUCAAUCACAAAAUGGAUGCAAAAGAAGCUCUUGAAUGUGGCUUUGUGAAUUCUAUUUAUGGACCUGAAGAACUACAAGAGAAAGUUUGGAAUACAAUUAAUAAAGUUUCAGAAUUAUCUCCCCAUUUAAUUUCAAGUUCGAAAAAACUAAUAAGAUAUAAUAUUCAAGAGCAAUUACUGGAGAUAAAUGACAUAGAAUUAGAAGAGAUAAUAAGAAUUAGAAGUGGGGGGAAAUUAGGCAUUGGAUCAUUUAAAAGCAGACUUUAGCAAGCAGCACUUAGCAGCAGGUAUAUAGGCAUUAUAUUACUGACAUGAAGAAAGAAGAGACAGAUAAUAUGUGUAACAGCUUGUUGAACAACUUUCUCCUAUGAGUUAUUCUCCAGAGAUUAUACUUUUGUGGUGGUUAUGAGAUGACUAACUAUAUACCUAGGUACUUAAUAUGAGAUCUAAAUGUUUAAAAUAAGAUUUUAUUUUUAUUUUUGGAAUUGGGAUAGGUAUAUAAGACUAUUUGUAUUUAGGGCUCCAUAUCUCAAAUGGAAAUAACGGAAACACAUUUUAUAACUUUCUUGAUUCUAAAUCAUUAAUAAAAUUUAUCUCAAUAAUGGCACUUUGCCUGGAAUAUAGUUUUAGGACAAACAUCGUUUUUUAAUGUCGUAGUUCCAGAAUCAUUUUGCAUUCAACAUGUGAAAAAAGUCAUGCCCGAGCUUUAAAUUGUUGGGGAGUUCUCUCGUCGGGAGCCGAUCCUUGUAAAAUGCCUGAUAAUGCAUAUGCAAUGCAUACAAUGCAUAAUUAUGAUGAGCAUGCAACGUACUCGAAAUCCGCCCUUGCAAAUUAUGCGAAGAGCCUGUAAGUUAGGAAGAUAAGCAAGGUCGCUGCAGAUUGUAUGCUACAGACUGCAAAGUCGCUGCACAUUGCAAAUUUGUUCGGAACCCUCGGUGCGCGAGUUCAACUCGCACUUGACAGUUUAUUCAUUUUAACCAAGCUGAACUCUCAAUGAUUUAGUUUGUACUCAAAUUUACUAAUUUGAGUACAAACUAAAUCAAAAAAGUUUAUGUAAAUACACAAGCUAGGGCUUUGUAGGUAUGUAACAUUCAAUCCUGUAACACUCAUAAUAACAGAAAAGUUUCACUUUAUUGACUGUGGGUAACUUUGUAAAUGUGCAAUACAUUUUUUUAUUAUUCA